GCCAGCACAGAUUGCAGUGGAGGAUCCGCGCAGGGCGCACGCACAACGGAGAAUGGAUUACAACAACAGAGAUUUUUUUUUCUUUACAGCUACGCGCCCGUGAAGUGAUAAAACUGUGGGAUUUGAUUCAAGCUUUUUUUUUCUUCCGUUUUUUUGGGGGGGGCUGGGGGGGGGACACACGUGGAAAUAAUUGAAAGCCUCAGACUCGGUGAUUUCCUUCAUUUCUUGUUCUUUUGCGCGGUGGUUGCGGGUGCGAUCCCCGCCAGAGGCUGCAUGGUUUCUCAGAGGAGAGAGGGGACUGUUGCAAUGUCAUCUCACACAACUGCUUUGGAGCUCUGUGGCAGGGAGAUGCUGGGAUGAAGUGGUUUGGCAGUAUGUCCCUCAGCAGCAAAAGGAGUAAGAGGAGGAGUAGAUGGAGCUGCAGCUGCACCAGUAGCAGCGGUAGCAACAGCGCGCUGCUGUCUCUGGCCCUCAUGGUGGCGGUGACCCUCGUCGCCAACCCCGCCGUGGCUCAAAAGCAGCGGACUGGCGGCGCCCCGGACAAAGUGCCGGUCCUGAACAUUGCGGUGAUCCUGGGGCGCACGCGUUACAUCUCGGAGCGGGACAUCCGGGCGCUGUGGAGCAAGGAGGACCCCAUCGACGUCAACGUGGUCACACUGCUGGUCAACGAGACCGACCCGAAGAGCAUCAUCACCCACAUGUGCGACCUGAUGACCGGGACCAAGAUGCACGGCGUGGUGUUCGGGGAUGGCACCGACCAGGAGGCCAUCGCCCAGAUUUUGGAUUUUAUUUCCUCGCAGACGCUCAUACCCAUCCUGGGCAUCCACGGGGGGUCGUCCAUGAUCAUGGCCGAUAAGGACGUGAAGUCGACGUUCUUCCAGUUCGGUGCCUCCAUCCAGCAGGAGGCCCUGCUCAUGCUGAACAUCAUGGAGGAGUACGACUGGCACAUCUUCUCCAUCGUCGUGUCCAAGUUCCCCGGCUACCAGGAGUUCAUCAACAUCCUGAAAACCACCGUGGACAACAGGCUCAUGAGCACGUCACUCAGACAGGUGUCGCAGUCAGAAAGCUCCUCCAAAUAUCUCACAAUUCAGUCAGAGGUUACAACCCCCCUUCUUUGUCUUUAUCUCUCCGACCCCCCCCCCCCCCCGCUCAGGUACAUGAUGAACGUCACCUGGGAUGGCAGAGACCUGUCGUUCACAGACGACGGCUACCAGGAGUUCCCCAAGCUGGUGGUGAUAGUUCUCAACAAGGAGAGAGAGUGGGAGAAGAUGGGGAAACUGGACAACCGCAGCCUGACCCUGAAGUACCCGGUGUGGCCGCGCUUCAACUCCGACGGCGACGCCGAGAUGGACGACAACCACCUGUCCAUCGUCACGCUGGAGGAGAAGCCCUUUGUGAUCGUGGAGGACGUGGAGAGGCUCACGGGGACCUGCAUGAGGAACUCGGUGCCCUGCAGGAAGCACAUCAAAGACAACACAACUGAGGCUGGUGGGACGUACAUCAAGAAGUGCUGCAAAGGCUUCUGCAUCGACAUUCUGAAAAAGAUUGCCAAGUAUGUCAAGUUCACCUAUGACCUGUACCUGGUAACCAAUGGCAAGCAUGGCAAGAAGAUCAACAACGUCUGGAAUGGGAUGGUGGGAGAGGUGGUCUAUAAGAAAGCCGUCAUGGCCGUCGGAUCUCUGACGAUCAAUGAGGAGCGUUCUGAGGUCAUCGAUUUCUCCGUCCCGUUCGUGGAAACCGGGAUCAGUGUCAUGGUGUCCCGUAGCAAUGGAACGGUGUCCCCGUCAGCCUUCCUCGAGCCAUUCAGUGCAUCAGUGUGGGUGAUGAUGUUUGUGAUGCUCCUACUGGUCACUGCAAUGGCUGUCUUCAUGUUUGAGUACAUCAGUCCCCUUGGCUUUAACAGGAACCUGGCACAAGGAAGAGACCCCCACGGCCCGUCCUUCACCAUGGGCAAGGCCGUCUGGCUGCUGUGGGGUCUGGUCUUCAACAACUCCGUGCCAGUGCAGAACCCCAAAGGAACCACCAGUAAGUUCAUCGUGUCCGUGUGGGCCUUCUUCGCUGUCAUCUUCCUGGCCUCCUACACCGCCAACCUGGCCGCCUUCAUGAUCCAGGAGGAGUUUGUCGACCAGGUCACCGGGCUCUCCGACAACAAGUUUCAGAACCCGUACGCAUACUCGCCUCCGUUCCGCUUCGGGACGGUUCCAAACGGCUCCACGGAGAGGAAUAUCAGGAAGAACUACCCCGCUAUGCACCAGUACAUGGUAAAAUAUCACCAAACCGGAGUCACCGACGCACUUGUCAGCCUCAAAACGGGGAAGCUGGACGCCUUCAUCUACGACGCUGCGGUGUUGAAUUACGCAGCUGGCAGGGACGAGGGAUGUAAGCUGGUGACCAUUGGCAGCGGGUACAUCUUCGCCACCACCGGUUACGGCAUUGCUCUGCAGAAAGGCUCGUACUGGAAGCGACAGGUGGACCUGGCCAUCCUGGCCAUCAUCGGAGACGGUGAAAUGGAGGAACUCGAAGCCCAGUGGCUGACGGGAAUCUGCCACAACGAGAAGAACGAGGUGAUGUCCAGUCAGCUAGACGUGGACAACAUGGCUGGUGUCUUCUACAUGCUGGCCACGGCCAUGGGGCUGUCCCUCAUCACCUUUGUCUCCGAGCACCUCUUCUACUGGAGGCUCAGAUAUUGCUUCACUGGAGUCUGCACCGGCACGCCGGGCCUCCUGUUCUCCAUUAGUCGGGGUAUCUGGAGUUGCAUCCAUGGCGUCCACAUUGACAUGAAGAAAAAGUCUGAUUUGGACUUUAGCCCGCAGGACAAAAUGCUGAAACUCAUUAAAUCAGCCAAACAGAUGACAAACAUGUCAAACCUGGGUGGCUCCCACAUGAAUUCACCCAAACGUGAAUUCAUGCACUCGGCUGGUCCCAUGAUUAUGGACAUGAUGGCAGAGAAGGGCAACUUCAUUUAUGCUGACAACCGAAGCUAUGCUCCCAAAGAUAUGAUCUAUGGGGACACUGGUGACCUGCAGUCUUAUCUGGCCAACCGCCACAAAGACCACCUGAACAACUACAUCUUCCAGGGAGGUCAGCAUCCCCUGACCCUAAACGAUGCCAAUCCCAACACAGUUGAGGUGGCAGUAAGCGCCGAGGCAGUCCAAACCAACGCCAAGCCGCCCCGGACCCUGUGGAAGAAGUCGGUUGACACGCUUCGUUCGGCGCCUCCCGGGCCUACUCCGAUGCCCGACAUGCUGAUGCCGGACCCGAGAAUGUCGAUGAAGACACAGCGCUACCUCCCCGAGGAUGCAGCCCACUCCGACAUCUCCGACUGUUCCAGCAGGGCGGCCUCCUACAAGGACCCUGAAAAUAACAAGCACCUGAAACCCAAGGACAACUUAAAAAAAAGAUCCGUUCCAGCGAAAUACCCAAGGGACUGCAGUGAUGUAGAGCUGUCCUACUUAAAGACUAAGCAGGUCAUCGGCGGAACCAACCAGAGCGGGAGAGGAGGAGGAGGAGAGAAAAUAUUCACCAUCGACUCUGACCGAGAGAUGAGCCUGCACUCAGACCCCGUCCACUACCGCGAGAGCCGCGGCCUCGCCGCAGACGAUUUGGAUUAUCCCGAAAUCUACUCCGACCACAGUGACAACUACCGGAAGUGUGAGCAGCCCAUCAUUCACCUGAACUCUUCGCCUCUGCAUCACCCCGACUCCGAUCUCCUGCCGGACCCAGCUUACUCCAAACACUACAGCCUGAAAGAGAAAAACAUUGCCAUGUCCCCGCAUGAAUCCAUCGAGCGCUACAAACAGACACACUGCCGCUCUUGCUUGUCCAAAGUGUCCGCCAGCUACCCGCCGGGGGGGCCGUACACUCCUGCCGUAACCGCUGCAGCGUCUGCCACGCGCUCACCCUACAAUCGGUGCGAAGCGUGCCUCCACACAGCCAACCUGUAUGACAUUAGUGAGGACCAGCUGCUCGCAGACACCUUGGUCAGUCCGACCAUGCACCACCAACAGCAGCAGCAGCAGCAGCAGCAUCAACCGGACGAGAUGUUUGGCCUGUAUUGGCCACAGACGGAUGGGCCGCAUGUUCAGAAAAGAAACCGCCUGAGGCUGAGUCGUCAGCACUCCUUCGACAACAUCAUGGUAGAUAAGCCCAAGGAAAUGGACCUGGGCCGACCGGCGCGCAGCGUCAGCCUCAAGGAGAAGGAUCGCUUCUUGGACUCUGCAUCUGACUCGCACUACGCAAACCUCUUUGGCAUGCGCCCCUACUCCGGCAGACUGUUUGGCACCGGGUCCAAAUCGAUGCUGUUCAACCACAACCUGGAGGAGAGCAAGAGGAGCAAGUCCCUGUACCCGACCCAUGGCUCGGAUAACCCUUUCCUUGGUCACUCGCUGAGGGACGACACCAGCAGCAGACUGGUCCACGGGCGUAGCUCCUCUGAUAUUUACAGACAGCUGGCAGUGGCCUCGCCUGCACCGGUCGUCGGAGCGCCCCCCAUCAAAACACGCAACGACGCGAACAAUCUCCGUUCCUCCGUAAAAUCCACCACUUCAUACUGCUCACGAGACGGUCGGAUAGCCAAUGACAUGUACAAUAAAGAGCAUGUUAUGCCUUACUCAGCCACUAAGACUAGUGCAUACCCGGCCCCCCGAGGCGUCCUAAACUCAGCCCAGUUCAGCAAUAGACGGGUGUAUAAAAAAAUCCCCAGUCUGGAGUCAGAUGUUUAGUUGACAUAAGAAAAAAUGUGUUCUCUCCUCCUUACUGCUCUCUGGGUUUGUAUUAUAAUUUAUCAACUAUGUUAUCCACCAAGGGAUGCCAUAGCCACACUACGUUUUUCUUCUUCUCUUUAAAAAGAAAUUGUGCCCACUCGGGUAUGACAGUACUACUACUACUACUCUCUUUGCAGAUGAUAUCACCGUUUCUGUCCAUCCUCUGUCGUGUGCCAAUGAGUUGGUUGCUUGGCCAGCGCGCUGCCAUAUGGUAAUCUGCCGUAAAGGGAAGGGAAGGUUUUAAUAUGGUUUAGGAAAUGGCAUCGUCCCAUUAGAGGGACAGAGAAGGCCUAAGUUACAGCACAGGAGGACUCCUAUAGGCGCUGUUGGGAAUGGGGCAGUGGAUUCGUGACUGAAAUGUCUUGGGAACUGGCGAGGCAGAUGGGAGACGUAUGAUAUGAGAGGAGAAUUAGAGGGAGAGAGAAAACCUCUCUUUCAGCCCGUCCUCCCACCCCUCCCCCCUUUUUUUACUCUCCAACCUCCACUGUCAAGCUCGCAGCUUGCCGGUUGAGGAGAAGAGGCCUGACAGAUCGACCAGUUGGGCGCGUUUGAUGUCGCAGCCAGACGUCGAGACGUCCCAGGAGGGCAGAGGCGUCACAGUGAGCCAGUCCGACGGCCUGCUGCCUGUUACUCUGACAAAUAUGGCCACCGGGACACCUGGCAGUGCGAUAAUGGGGGCAAGAGAGGGAGAGAGUGGACAAGCGGGCUAAACGGCACAGAGCCUUCGCUAGUUCUUUUUGGCGGGAGGUUAGCGGCGUGCUUGGUGACGUUUUGGGUUUAUGUGUUGAGCCCUUGCUGAGGGCGACGAGAAGCUGAGAGUUAUGUAGGUGCUAUCAAUGAAUAAUGUUUACAGACUGACAGAUAAAAAAAAGACAAACUGACAAAAUGACUGAUAGAAAAGGACCCACGAGCAGGGAAACCUGAGGCGAUUAAACGGGCAUUUCAUUUAUGGCUCCGCACAUAGAAAAAUAAUUGCAAAACUAUUGCUGUUUUAUUCUAUUAAACUAUAAGAUUUAUUAGGGAUUCUGGCAUCCGGAUCCCCCUAUGUAGGAUUUUAGAGUUUGCUCAUUUGGUAGCACAAUAGCCAUUAGUUUGAAAACCUCUCUCCCACAAUUGCUUUGGAAAAAGCAUAGCUUUCUGAAAAAUACCAUCAAGAGUAGUAGAUUAUUUUGCAUGUGUUGAUUUGUUUUUUUGUGUCGGAGAAGACAAAAUACACACUAAUACACUCUAAGACACAUAUUUUACAUGUUUUUGAAAACCGUGUCCAGAUGCGGUGGGCGGAUAGUUGUACAAUCGAAACCUUUAUCGUUGACCUUCGUGCUCAGUAAAUCUGUGUAAAUCAGCAUCAUCCUGCUGCAGAGGAGCAAGGAAAUGGUGGAAGGGAAGAGAGCAAAGAGGAUAUAAACGAGGUGGAAAAUAAGGAUGAAAUCACGACUGGUUCCACCACCACCUUGAGUUCGGUAGGGGGGUCGCUGCUGAUGUGAGUUUGUUUUUUUGACAUCCCUGCCACUGAGAAACAGGGUAUUAGCUAUAAAAAAAAAGAAACACUGUUGAUUCCUUUCCUUCUUUCCUCCUUCCUACUUGUUCAUGACGCAUCACUAGAGUGUUGGAUAGCUAAAAGUAUUUAAUUUGAUUUCCUUUUUUUCGUAAAAAUGAACUUUGGUUGGCAGGUACAGCGGCAGUAGUGUGAAACGCGCUAACCAGUGCAGACCGGUUUAACCAGUCCGUGGUUAACAACUGUUGAUCCGCUGUCAACCGGAACUCUGGUGGAUCUGAGGACUGUUUCAGGCGGAUCCACCGCUUACCUUCAUAGGGUCGUUGGGUGCGACUUGGUGGGACUUGGUGGGACUUGGUGGGUGGAGAUGGAGAGAGGCGGAGCCAAGGAGGCUCCACCUUUACGCGCUCACCGAUCACGCGUCCAUCUUAGUGGGGAGGAAGUUGCGCGAGGGCAUGGCAGAACUCGGGUAAGCUCGAAGUCUUAACCAAAACAUUUGGGUCCUAAACUGAUUGUUUAUGCAUUUGGUUGUUGGUUCUUUUUUGAUAACACACAACAAGCAGAAAAGACUUGCACAUGCACAUUUUUCCAUGUACACGCGUGCCCACAAAAAACACUCUUUUUGGUAGCAUUAUGCUGUACAAACUGUACAGUCAGAGGAAAAAUCAUGUAACCAUCUUAACUAAAUGAUUGAUUUGCUUGAUUGAUUGGAUUCACAAAGCCAAAUUGUAUCAAAUAAAAUACCUCAGGAUGAUUCUGUACGUUUUGAGGGAGCUUCAGACGCAGCGGAACAGAACGGGAGGCGGUGCCGAUUUUUCGUAGAAAAAACAUUUAUAAAGAAAAAAAAGAAAAACAAGUGAUUUAUAGCGGGCGCAGAAUCAAACUUUUCUCCUUUUGAUGUUUACCAGUCCUAGGUCUUCCAGUUCGGCUCUUUGAGGCCCAAACUCAUGCAACCUAAGUAAAGAGAGAAGAAGGCGGGGGGGGGGCUCAUAUCGUUGUGCUCAGCGCGGGGGGGGAGGGGGUACUGGAAAAGGAGGCUGUCUCUUUGCUCUCCAUGGUUUUUAAAGGCAGUCCACGGCUUCAGCCGGUGUUUCAAUUCAAGCUCCAUCUGUAACAACUGCAGUCAUCUCGCCCUUUUGUACUCUUGGAAUACCGCGGUGAACCUCUCCUUGCUUCCUAGUCGGCUUCCCCGAUGUUGACCGACGAGCGACAUUUGUCUUUCUUUGCAUCUUAACUGCAUACUUAUUAUUAUUAUUAUUAUAAUUAUCAUAUGUAUCUUCACAUGCUGCUUGAGUGAGCUGACAAGUGAACAAUAUGCACAUGUAAAAAAAUAUCAAACAGCACCCUCGCAUUUUAUGAACUCAUGAUGAUUUGUUCUAUUUGUUCUACUUUUACAGAACUUUCAUAUAAACUGAUGCUGUUCAAACACACACUCAAACACACACACACACACACACAGACACACCCUUGUGAUGACAACCCUGCUCUUUUUAAUGACAAAAUGUAUUUUAAUUACAUUUAAUGAUAAAUAAUGAGGUGAUGGCAUGCAACCCCAGAUGUAACAAUUUGAAUGUUUUAUGUUCAUUUAUUUUUCUUUAUUUUUGUUAUGAUGUUAUGAUCACUAAUGCGUUGUAACCAGGUGUGAGUAUAUACAUAUUUAAGAGAGAAAAAAAAUAUGAUGAAGACGCUGCUACUGUUUUGGGGGAGAAGGCGGGGACCUGAACCUUAGUGCAACUUCCUCAUUGGCUGACGGGUCAUUAUCAGGCCGCCAGUCGCCCAAUGGGGUCGGGGAUCAGGGGUCAGGGGUCAGGGCUUGGGUCCGGUACGGCGGGACGUCCUUGCUCUUGCUCCUCCAAGGGCAGGUGAGAAUUACUGUAUCACCUGCUCCGCUUCUCCCUUCCCGCUCCUUCACCUGCGGUCGGGACUUCAACUGUAAAGAAGACAAAAGAAAAAAAGGAACCCUGCUCCAAAGAUACGAGACCUCUUUCUUUAUGGUUUGCUGUAAGAAUAGAGCUUUUUUUUUAAAAACUAAUACUUCCUCAAAGACUUUUAAGGAACUAUUUUGAAUAUAUUUAGAAAUGACACCUGUAUACAUCGCUUGUAAAUUCAUACUGGAAUACAUCAUCAUGAAGAAUUAUAAAUGAUAAAGAGUAAAAACAAUAUUUUUGGUGUGAAUUUCACAGGAGCUCUUCUGUACAGUGGCACUGUUUCUCUCUCUCUCUCUCUCUCUCUCUCUCUCUCUCUCUCUGUAGAGCGACUAGAAUAAAACUUCACCAUUCACAAGG